CCCGGUCGCCACUUUCGCACCCGGUCGACUUUUCAACCAGGGGCACGCCAGUUCCCAGUCAAGGGCAAAAAAGUACAAAACUUCGAAAGGCCCCAGUUUCUCCACUCUCCCAGAAACACCACCAAAGCUGCGUCCAACGAGCCUCACAAAAAAUCCACUUCGCAGCAACGACGCCGCUUUUUUUUCUACACCUUUUCGCGUGGCCCAAAACUACAUUCGCUUUACCAGGAAUACCAAAUCUUGAUCUCGGACACAUAUCGUCUCGAUUUCGAACUCUCCUUUCCUCUUCUAGAUUCCAACUCUGAAAAAAAUUUCCCCUACCGCGUCUUGUUUGUCGCCACGGACGUGACGAGCGACAUUGGACCGAAUCCGCCUCUCCAACCGCAACACCACAACCACACCUUCAAAAGUAAUUUUACCGACGCGUUUCCGCGCGCAUCAAGAUGGACGGCUCUCAGUACCCCUCCAAUGGCAUAAACGGCACCUCUACACCGCACGCCUACCCUUCUCCCGCCGCGUUCGAGUCUCCUCUCCCACAGAGCCUCCCUCCUCUGCAGCCCUCCACUACGGCGAUGCAGCCGCUCUAUGGCAGCCACCCACACACCCCGCGCACUGCGCCGGGUACUCCCAACACUCCCAACUCGGCCAACUUGCCUCCUAGCUAUCCUCAGCCUUCUCAGGGUGGUGGCCGUGGUGUCUACUCGAUGGCCCAGAACCCGUACCCUCCCCACCCUAGCUACGGCUCCAGUGGUAUGAUGCCUCAGUCUUCUGGCGGCCCUCAACCCAUUGCGCCCGCUCCCGCUGGUGGGCGUGCUCCUCCUAUUCUUCGUCCCAUGCCUCCUGGUGGCAUCGUCGGUCAACCCGGCAUGUCCUCUCCCUACGGCGCUUCCAUGAUGCAGCCUGCUGGUGUCUUGGGUGAGAGCGAGCAGCCCACUCAUGUUGUUGGCUCCCAGGGCCGUCGUGGUAUCCUGCCCAGUGCGCCUGGCCGACCUGCUGCCCCUGCCGCUGGUUCCAAGAACACCGUCAUCCCUGUUAAGGAUGCCGAUGGCAAAUUCCCCUGCCCUCACUGCACCAAGACGUACCUGCACGCUAAGCACUUGAAGCGUCACCUUCUCAGACACACUGGUGACCGUCCUUACAUGUGUGUUCUGUGCCGCGACACUUUCUCUCGUAGUGAUAUUCUCAAGCGCCACUUCCAGAAGUGCUCCAUUCGCCGCGGUAACCCUACCGGAGCCAGCCACCUCUCUCACCCCCAGGCUCACGUUAAGAAGAACGCCCAGGCUCAGAAGGCUGGCGGCAUGGGUGGUGAGGGUGACAUGAACCAGCUUAACGGGCUGAACGGCAUGCCCACCAACGGCAUGGUCCACCCCUUUGGCAUGGUCCCCGUUCAGGAUGUUAACGGCAACGGCGCCAAUGGUGAUCGCAGAAACAUGGCUCCCGUAAUGGGCGGCUCCCAGCCUUACGAGGGCGAGGUUGCCGGCUCCAUGAACGGACAGCAGAUGCCACCAUACGGUGUCCAGCCCUACAUGGGCUCCAACUCGGGCCAGCAGUCCAACCUCGACUGGUCCCAGAUGUUCCAUGACCGCAACCAGAACCGCGCCUAAAUGCGCUAUCGCGGCGUUAUUGAUAGCUGAUGUUCGAAACCCCGCAUCUGCAGCUGCCAAUCAAUUCGAUCCGAGCAGCGCUGUGCCCGACUUUGGCGCUCUUAAUAACGAACUCACCAAGUUUUGCUCUGGUGUACUUUUGAGUGGGGUCGCAUCUGGUCGGCUCGAUGCUGCCGAACCCUGUGCCGUGAUCCACUCACACUGGAUUUAACUCAAGGUUAUGCAGGCGGGCUCUUAUGACCGCUGCUGUUUUUAUAAAAAAGGGAAAAAAACACGAAAGAGAAAUACAAAAUUAUGCGAAAAAAGUUGAAAAUAGGGAAAGUUUCCUACGAUUGAGGACACAUUCGGAGGCGUUGCGACUUGCUUUGUUAUAAUGUCGGUUUUGGUGCUUUUGAUUUUUUACGCUUCGCAAUGUACGUUUCGCCCGAAGCACGUUACAGGAUGGGAGGGGGAUCAUUUUACUCACGAUGCGGAGGGCCGCUGCGCAGUACGCACUCCUGCUUCUGGCUGCUUCAGGCGGCCGUCUAUCGAUGUGAGUCGGUACAGGUGGAUUUUUUGGUUUGCCAUUGCAUUUCAUUUUACGGAAUAGACGGGAAGUGGAGUUAAUCCUUUUACGACUCGGUUUUGCGUGUUUUUUUUCUUAGACUUUUCGAUCACGAUAGAGACGGAGGUACAAACUGGCCAUGAUAGGACUCUCGGUUAUUGGCUCAUCGCCCCGUGGCCUGGGCCGGAUCAAAAGAUAUGCUUUACUGUU